AUGGGUGAUAAACAAAAUAAAAAAAAUAAAAAAGAUAAAAAAAAUAAAAAUAGUAAAAAUAAUAAAAGUGAUAAAAAUGAUGUAAACAGUAAAAACAAAAAGAAUAACGAUAAUAAUAAAACAAAUGAUAAUUAUUGUAACCAAGUUAUAGACAAUACAAAUGAUGAGGUGAUAGAAACACCAGAACAAAAUGAUAACAUAAAGAAGGAAAAUCCUUCGAGUAAUAAUAAUAAUAAUAAUAAUAAUAAUAAAGAUGAUGCCAUAUGUAAUAAUAAUAAAGAUGAUGCCAUAUGUAAUAAUAAUAAAGAUGAUGCCAUAUGUAAUAAUAAUAAAGAUGAUGCCAUAUGUAAUAAUAAUAAAGAUGAUACCAUAUGUAAUAAUAACAAAGAUGAUACCAUAUGUAAUAAUAAUAAAAAUGAUACCAUAUGUAAUAACAAAGAUGAUACCAUAUGUAAUAAUAAUAAAAAUGAUACCAUAUGUAAUAAUAACAAAGAUGAUUUGAUGAAUGAUAAAAAUGAGAAACCUUUGAAUAAUGACGAUAAGGAAGAUCCUUUAAAUAACAAUGGAUCCAAUAAUAUCGAUAAAAAUAAAAACGACGAAGAAGGUUCCUCUUGUUUAUCAUCCCUUCAAAAUGAAGGAGUAGAUAUUAAUCAAACGAAGGAUAAUAAAGAAAAAAAACGAGUAAGCGAUGCUUCUGAUAUAUACGCAAGAACUGACAGUGUGAAUAGUAAUUUAAUAAAAAUUAGUCAAAGCAGUGAAGAAUGGGAAUCACAAAAUAAAUGGACGUUAUCUGUUUUAUUUCAAAACAUAAAAUCUAUUGUUGUAAAAAAUUAUAUAUUUGUAGCAAAAAAAUGUGGGAUUCCUAACCAACCGAAUAAACCUGGUCCAGUACUAGCCAUAAGUAUAGAAAAAGCAAAUAAUAAUGAUUGUGAUAAUAUAAUUGUUCAAACACCAUGUGCUUAUGAAAAAUAUUCUUUAAGAGGUAAAUUAAUUCAACAUAAAAGUUUAUAUCCAUGUACUAUUACAUGUAUGAUGAAUGGAAGUAUAGGGGGUAUUGGAAAAGUAGUUAUCUUAGGAGAACAAAAUGGAAAUGUACUAAUUUAUAAAAUUGAUAAAUUUGAAUGUAUAUUAAAAUUAAAUACGAAAGAAUGCUUAAAAAAAUAUUUUAAUAAUAAUCCAACUACUAGAAGAAAAUCUAUUAAUAAUUAUAUGGAUUUUAAAGAUAAAGUUGUUAAUUAUUAUCAUCAUCCUAGUAAUGAUAAAGAACAACAAAAACAAUCAACACAGUAUAAUCAUAACAAACAUAAUAACAAUUUUAUUAAUAAUAUAGACACAUCUCAAACCAAUCAUAACAAUCCAUAUGAUGAUAAUGACUUGUCAUAUCAAAUAUCGGGUAUUUCAGUUAAAUCCACAUUUGCUAAUUUUAUUCAUUGGAUUAUAGCCGGAAAUAUGAAAGGCUAUAUUUUUGUUUGGGAAGUACCUAGUGGAAAUAUUAUUAAAAUUUUAUUACCUCCGUUAUAUUUUUUUAAUGAAGCAAAAAAAAAAAAAAAAAAAAAAAAAAAAAAAAAAAAUAAUUAUAACAAUCGUAAUUAUCCUUACUCUUCUUCUUCUUCGCCGUCCUCGUCUUCAUCAUCGUCUUCACCAUCGUCUUCACCAUCGUCUUCACCAUCGUCUUCACCAUCGUCUUCAUCAUUGUCUUCAUCAUUGUCUUCAUCUGUUUCAUCAUAUUAUAGUGAUGAUUUUUAUUAUGCAUCUAAUGGGGAGAAAAAAAAAAAGAAGAAAAAAAAGAAAAGAAAGAAAAAAAAAACAAACACAAAUAAAAACAUAAAUAUGAAUACAAAUGAAAUUAAAAAAAAUACAAACGAAGUGCAGAAUCAAAAUAAGCAAAAUUAUAAUGGGAGACAAAAUAAUUUAAGCAUCUCACAUGUUACUCUUAAUGGUAUCAAUGUAAAUGAAAAAUUAGAAAAAACAGAAGAAGUAAAUAAGCAAAAUGGUUUUAUUAAUAGUGAUAAACAAAAUAGUACUUAUAAUAGUGACGACAAUUGUUAUAAUCAUAGCGAUGAAAGUAGUGAUGAUAAUAGUGACUAUUGUAGUGAUGAUUUAUAUUCAGAUGAAUAUAGUGAAAGUGAUACUUCUCCUAAUAAUUCAACUAAUGAAUCGUAUGAUACAAAUUCAAUUCAUAAUAAGAGAAAAAAAAAUAAAAAGAAUACAUAUAAGGAUAUAUCCAACAAAUGUUAUGUUUCAGCUAUCCUAGCUGUUACACAUAAAUAUGAAUUAUGGGUUGCAUUUGGUAAUGGAUAUAUAGCCGUUUAUGACUUAUAUGAUUUUCAAUUACUUCUUUAUACAUGCAUUUCAAAAAGUCCCAUAAUGGAUUUAAAAUAUUCCAAAAUUUUGGAAGAUGUCUUGAUAUUAAUUGGUAACAAUUACUUAUCCGUGUGGGAUACGAAAACCUUAAAACAAGUUCGAAAAAUCCCAACUAGCCAAAUCACCAGCAAAAAUUCUUCAUUAUCGACCAUUUAUUUAUUAGAGUCACCAAACUCAUGGAAAUAUAAACAAGUGGUUCUUAUUGCAGGGUGUAAUAAUGGAUCCGUUUGUUUAACCAAUAUAACAAAAAAAGUUGAUGGAGAUUUAACUUUCUCUUAUAUCAAAACAUAUAAUAAACAUUUUGAACCAUAUGUCCCCAUCAGCUAUAUUUAUAUUGAACCUACUAUUAACGCUGCAUUCGUUGGAGAUGCAAGCGGGGUUGUUUUUACUUUACCUAGAAUUCUAAGUACACUAAAAAAUAAUGAUAGUUCAUAA